GCUUCCCACCCCACCCCGCGCGCGCGAGAUGUGGAGCUCCGACUCCGACCCCGACCUCGCCGCCGCCGCCACCGCCACGGCGUCCUCCUCCUCUAGCUCCUCCCCUCCCCCGCCUCGCCGCCGCCGGCACCGCCAUAGCCGCCGCCGCACCCGCAGGAGCCACCCCGACCCCGGUGGGGCGGACGCGGAGGACGUGUGGCGCGGGGCGCAGUGGGAGGCGGCGUGGCCGCGCCGCACGAAGCCGGUGGUGGUCGCCGACGAGCCUGGCGCAGGCGCGUCCGCGCCGGCGGGCGGGGACGACGGCGGCGUGGGGGUGGGGCGGGCGCGGAGCCUGACUGACGACGACCUGGAGGAGCUCAAGGGGUGCGUGGAUCUGGGGUUCGGCUUCAGCUACGACGAGAUCCCCGAGCUCUGCGGCACGCUCCCGGCGCUCGAGCUCUGCUACUCCAUGAGCCAGCGCUUCCUCGACGACCGCCUGCACCCGCACGCGCCGCCCGAGACCGCCGCGCCGCCCUCUCCCUCGCCGCCGAUUCCCAACUGGAAGAUCUCCAGCCCCGUCGCCACCCUCAUUUCUUGAUCGAUCUGUUGCCGGCGUUGCAGGAGACAGCCCCGACGAGGUGAAGGCGCGGCUCAAGUACUGGGCGCAGGCCGUCGCGUGCACCGUCAGGCUCUGCAGCUGAACACGACCGACGCCGCCAUCGUCACACACCCCGAGAAGGACAUGGACAACUCCCCCCUCCCCUCGUCGUCUUCCCGGUUGAUUUGUCUUGUCAAGAACAGCACCAGGGUCCAUGUCAAGAACAUCAUCGAUCACGUUGCUCCAAAUCAUCAGCAUCCGUCGAUCGAUCGAUUGAUUUGAGGGGAGCACAGUGAGAGUGGCAUUGAUGAUCAUUGUGGUUGGAUCUUGCUGGGAGAGAGGAGAGGAGAGGUGACCAGAUCAGCUAGCUGGAUGUGUGUAACAGUACAUGCAGCUGGAGUGUGGUUCAGAUUGGUUGGGAGAAUAAUUGUGUCUGCUUGCUGUGCCAGCCUGCUACAGCCUACAGCUUGUCAUCUCCAGCAACUAAUGUAAAUCAAAAUAAUGUAAUCCUAGUUGGGAGAUCAAAGCAAAUGUGAAUGAAUUAAUAAAUAAAUAAAUCAGCUUGAUGUUUUGCUAAUCAUGGGCACAUUUGGUUGCUGCAUUUCUCUACUAUUCCUGCAGGUAUUGUGCAGAAGAUUUGUAACCAACUUGUUCUUUGACCGAGAGAAAUGUAAUCAUACUACACUGCUUCAGUGCAGUUCC